AAUUUUUAUUUUAGUUCUUCGUAUUUUGUCGUUGAUUGUUCUAUUCACCGUUCCUAAGCGGGAAUUACAUAGUAAACUAUGACGGUGCUGCUAUCUGUUUUGUUGUGGAAUGUCUGAUCUUCGUUUAUCGAUAUAUAUAGAAGGCUUUUAUAACCAUAUUUAUCCGACGAUGGGUUUCCCCUUUGUUGAAAGCCCUAGAUUUCUUUUUGUGCGACUUCGCUCUAAAUCGCCCACGCAAAUUCGCUUACUCGUUAUUUAUUGAUAUUUCUUUCAGAGACGACCAGGUUGUUGGAACUUUUGUGUGCGACGCUUACAUUGUUACCAAGCGCCCAUGUACGGCAACAGACAUUUGUCAGGCAGGCGACAGUCCAGUAAAAGAUUUCGUGAUUUUUGUUUCACUUCAAUUUGUCGAUUCGAUAGAAUUACCGAAUGAAAGUAGGCAAAUUAAAGAUACGAAUGUAAUCGUCGCUCUCAAAAUGUGAAGCGCCGUUGUCGUUUUAUGACAACGUGGUCACGUGAUUGUUUCAUUGCCGUUUAGAAAUUUAAUUGGGUGUGCGGUGUCAGUAUGUCAUUGAUCGGCGGGCGAAGUCACCAUAGCAGGUACAUAGUAGAGUAUUUUAUGUACGUACGGCGUUUGAUUAAAGAUAGUUUAACGUCAGCGGGCAACAAUAGAUCGUGUAUAUACCGGUAAUAAUUAUCGUGACGGAUCAUAAUAACAAAAACCCUGUGAAGCGCUUGAUUGUUUUGAUAUCUGAUUAAUUGUCUCGCUUUCGAGACAGCGGCACAGCAGGAGUGUUCGUGUUUGCGCCUAUUUUUUCGGCCUUUUCUUGCCAAUGUCUACAGAUAGGAGUAGGAUGUACCGUUCGACUGCCUUAGACGACACAACGAACAAUAAUACACCUGUUGUAAUUCAACAAAGCAUACAAGAGCUAUAUCAUCGUCGUUUCCCAAGAAGUAAAGCUGCUCAACAUAUGUCAACUUUGGGCCAUGAUAAGCACAUGGAUUACGAAUCCCAUUUCAAAGAUUCUCACUAUAAAGACAAGAAGAAGAUACAUGAUUCAGAGUAUCGCAAUAUGGAUAUUGGUCCGAUACAUCCUGAUGUCAGAUUCAAAUGUCUUCCUUUUUACGAUAUACUAAGUGAUGUUCUGAAGCCUACUAGUCUAAUUACCAAAGCGCACAAAGCAUAUAGCAAAACAGAGUUGUCAUUUACAUUGACUGAGGAACAAAGACGAACAAUCAGACAUAGUAGAAAAGAACGUGGAAAUCCACGGUAUCAUGUUCAAGUGCAAUUGAGAUUUUGCUUGAUGGAGACAUCAUGUGAUCAAAAGGAUAUUAUUCCUCCCAAUUUAUGCGUGCAAGUAAAUCGACAAAUCGCAACACUACCUCCGUACAUACCUCCAUCCAAAGCAGGCGUCGAACCAAAGCGAGCUUGUCGACCGAUUGAUAUUACAUUGUUAUGCAAAUUAUCUGAUACUUCGUACAAUAACAUUGAGAUUACUUGGACGGCAGAGCAUGGAAAGAACUUUGCGACCUGUAUUAACGUCGUGCGACCUUUAUCUUCUGAGGAAUUAUUACAAAGGCUCCGAAAGAAGGGAAUUCGAAAUGCAGGACAUUCAACUGCUCUUAUCAGAGAAAAACUUGCUCCAAAUCCUGACUCAGAAAUUGCCACAACCAGCCUCAAAGUUUCGUUGUUAUGCCCACUAGGAAAAAUGCGAAUGACAAUACCAGCACGACCUGUAACUUGCACACAUAUGCAAUGUUUUGACGCUAUGCUGUUUUUGCAAAUGAAUGAAAAAAAGCCCACAUGGAUCUGUCCAGUGUGUGAUAAACCAGCAGAUUUCAUAAACCUUUUUAUUGAUGGUUUGUUCAUGGAUAUUUUGAAAGAAACUUCAGCUGCAGAAAUAGUUUUUCUCGAUGAUGGAAGAUGGGAACCUUUCAAAGCUAAAAAAGAGUCAUACAGCCUAUGUACACCAUCGAAGAACAGCAAUACUAUCGAUAAGUUUUUGACCAAAGCAUCAAAGCCAAAGCAAGAAAUAACAGUGAAGCGGAAAACUGAUUCAGUCAAGAAUAAAUUAGACAAGAAAAGUUGUUGGGAAAGCAGUGUGGUUAUUGUUGAGGAAAUAUCAAAGAAAGCAUUGGAUUUAUCAAACAGUCCACAAUCCCCAACUAGUGUAGAAGCAAAACGCAAAGAACCUGAAAUUAUUGACCUCACAGGAGAUUCAUCUGACGAUGAAAGAGCCCCUUCACCUCCAAAACGUCAAGAUUUUACUAAAGAUCAAGAUGAAGUUCAUAGUUUGUCAUCAACUUCACCAUACCGAUCUGAUAGCAGUGUAAUGCACGUCGACAGCAAAAGGACCCCUACUCCUACAUGGGAACCAUCACGAGAAUCGACGCACUCCGCAGGACUCCCAACAAACAUUUUCAGCUCCAAUUCAAGUCCAAGGCCUAGCAGUUAUGGACAUAUUGAUAUUACGGGAAGGACUUCUCACCCUAGCUUAAGUUAUUCAGUGCCUGGAAGCAGGGACAGUACACCUCCCGGUCUGCACCAUUCUUUAAGUUCACUUUUAAACCCCGGCUUUGCCACCUUCCAUAAUCCGUUAGAUUAUACUCAAUCUGCGUUGGAUUUCAAUUUAUCGUAUCUACAAUCUUUCGGUGCGGAUCCAUUGCGUCGGAUACCAGGCGAACAUUCUGCACGUUCGAGUCCUUUUCUGAUGAAUCCGUCGCCAAAUCAUCUUUACCAGCCUCCAGUAUCUACGCGUUCUUCAUCUAGCACAAACGACCAUAUUUCACGGAGUUAUUUAACGUCAUACACCCCACACUACCAUCCUUAUUCGCCAAUCAGUUAUCUACAAACUUCAGCAGAAAAUUCUGAUGUAAUACCAAUAGACUGAUUUUUAUUUUUUCAAUCCAUUGUCCCAAAACUGCCAAGCACAUUUGAAUAUUUUUUACGAAUUUACUUUACUAGUCCUUAUUAGGCUGAUUGAUGAUACAU